AUGGCUGGAGCGGCGAUUCGUACUUCCAAUUGCCUCAUUUACACUACAAUCUACCCUGUUUCGUUUGGCUGGUUCUGUUUGGUUGCAGAAACUGGUCGGCAGAAAGUCAAGAGGGCCAAUGCCUCACAUUCAACAUGUGCUGGAAAGCUCGGCAGUGAUCCUACCUACUGGGAGAUUCAUUUGGUUGAGCUUUGUUUUGAAUACUUGCCGAGAUAUUGGAAUUCCAGUGUUUGGUGCUGCCUGUUCCCCUUUCAGCAUGAAGGUUGGCAUGGCCGCCCUGGAGACAGCUAUCCAUUCAACAAUACACCAGAGCCUCCCUUGGAUGCCUAA